CUGCUGCUGUGUUUGGUCUCUCCCUCUUGACUCCCAGCGAUGUGAAGAGGGGCAGGCUGGAACUGCGUAUGUGAUAUAUUGCACCUCUGGGAGAGGAGAAAGGAGGCUUUGUCUGUGUGGAAACCAGUAGCCCGACCCGAGGUUGGGAAAACAGCCGAAGAGAAAGGCAGAGAAGUUUGCGGGCUUCUUGGAAAUGUAGACUAAAUCUUCCACAAAGAUGGUGUGGGGGUAGUUGUAUGGAGUUGCAACCGGGAGCUGUUUUAAAAAGGAUAAAGGUGGGAAACACUAAAGAAACUUUGUUCUCCGUUGGAGGACAAGGGGGUGACUUCUUGAAAAGAAAUUAUAACGCACGGUCUGCACUCAGAUUUGGGGAAAUCUAAGAUGCGCCUGUUGAGCACGUUGUGCGGGUGUAACCGCGGAGAUAUGAGAGUGGGACUACUCAAGUCUGUUACGAUGUAUUUACUUUUUUUAUUCGUGUUUGUGCUGUCGUGUCACGGCUGUCCGGACAAAUGUUUGUGCUCCUCACAAACUGUGAAAUGCCAAAACCAGGACUUAGACACGAUUCCAAAUUCCAUCCCAGCCAAUACCGCAUUCCUGUUUGUCACAGGAAACAACAUUUCCCGUAUUAAUGAGGCCUCUUUUCCAACCCGCCUGGAGCUCCUAACAGAUCUUUAUCUCAGUGGCAAUGACAUAGAGUAUGUGGAUGAAAUGGUAUUUGACAACUUGCCAAACCUCACACGCCUGGACCUGAGCAACAACAAAAUCCAGACUUUCAGUGACAGAGCUUUUCCUCGUGAUAGUAAGCUGCAGCUGUUGAACCUCAGUAGAUCAUUUCUUAAUCAUUCCUUGACAGAUGUGGUCUUAGAUUUCCUACGCAGUGCACACUUCCUGCAGCUGACCACUUUGGACCUGUCCAACAACGACCUGGUGAUCCUUCCUGACGACAUCUUUGACAGCCUUUCCAACCUGGUCAAACUCAGCCUGCAGAACAGCUCCCUCGUCACUAUCCAGAACGGGACACUGAAGCAACCCCCACUAGGUGACCUUGACCUGAGGGACAACAGCCUGAGGGAUCUACCCUCCACCACGCUGGAGGAGUUCAGCCUCAAACCUAGCCUCCAAAUCCGGCUGGCGGGGAACCCCUGGCGCUGCGACUGCGUCUUCGAUGACAUGCUGGUGUGGUUAAGAAACUCCUCUCAGGUGGUGGACGUACACAACCUGACCUGCACAGACCCCCAGGCCCUGAGACGUCACCCCCUCCUGCAGGUGCAGCAGUCACAGCUGAAAUGUAUGAGUGACAUGGAGGGAGUGCUGGAGACUUCUUAUGUUUUCCUGGGUUUGGUGUUGGCCCUGAUUGGCGUCAUAUUCCUGCUGGUGCUCUACCUGAACAGAAAAGGCAUCAAGCGAUGGAUGUACAACAUCCGGGAUGCUUGUAGGGACCACAUGGAGGGGUACCAUUACAGGUAUGAGAUAAACUCUGACCCUCGUUUGGCCAACCUUAGCAUCAACUCAGAUGUGUGAGGUGAGGACCGGGACACAGUCUGGGACCCUUCAUUGAGAUGUCAGAUGACUCUGCUAUUUAAAGAUUUUGCAUGAAAGUCUUCCUCCCCCUGUGCUCCAUGAUACCAUUCAGAUUUAGCAUCUGUCAAGGUUCUUGAUAAACCCCUUUUCACAACUUCCCAAUCAGCCUCUGCCGCAUGUCCCGCACAAGUACCUGGCAGCUGUGAUGCCAACUGCAUUUUCUCUGUCUCAUUGCAUGGACAAUGAAUCAUGGCAAAGGGAUUUUUUUCCCUUUUGUAGAGCUAUACAGCAAUUUUGUUCUAUUUUUAUUUUUCCUUAAGGAUAAACUGAUGGAGUGCAUUGACUUUUAGGUGACAGAAUACUUGCUAAAAACACUCUGCUGGUCCCUGCAUCCAGUUAUUUCAGAUAUUACACUGCUUAAGUUUGCCAUUUUUAAUAUAUGAAUAUAUGACAUGCAGUAGACAAUGCUUUUUUUGAAUGAUUAUGGUGCAAUUUGCAUUGUGUCUGGAUUUAGUUGAUGGAUGUGAUUGCUCUUUUUUCUGUGAAGAUAUUCAGCUAAAUAAAAUGCCUCUGGAUUACUGGUA